UUUCUACCACCACCACCACCACCACCCACCACUACCACCACCACCACCAUCUUCUCCGGCGGAAUCAAAAUGGGCGUAAACUCAAACAGGGUUGAGCACAUUUGGAACCCCGAAGCACCGCCACCGGCCGAAACCCUAGAAACCGCCAUAAGUGUCACCAUUUCUACACAUGCAAUACAAAUGCCGCCGCCGUCGGAGGCGCACAAGGUGUGCAUGCCGCCAGCAAGAACCACCGCGCAGAAGCUCCGGCACCGCCUCUCGGAGAUCUUCUUCCCCGACGACCCCCUCCACCGGUUCAAGGAUCAAACACGGUUCAGAAAGUUGGUUCUAGGGUUGCAGUUUUUCUUUCCUAUUUUUCAGUGGGCCCCACAUUACAGCCUCGAUAUGCUCAAGUCCGACGUCGUCUCCGGUCUCACGAUCGCGAGCCUCGCAAUCCCACAGGGUAUUAGUUAUGCAAAGCUAGCAAAUUUGCCACCCAUAGUUGGUCUAUAUUCGAGUUUUGUACCACCGGUGACAUAUUCGGUUCUUGGAAGCUCUCAUCAUCUAGCUGUGGGACCCGUCUCGAUAGCGUCACUCGUGAUGGGAACAAUGCUAAGCGAAACCGUUUCCUACACCGAAGAACCGAUUCUUUACCUUAAACUGGCUUUCACAGCUACAUUCUUUGCAGGAUUAUUCCAAGCUUCUCUUGGCUUUCUAAGAUUAGGAUUUAUUAUCGACUUUCUGUCGAAGGCGACACUAGUUGGAUUCAUGGCUGGUGCGGCCGUAAUUGUUUCACUACAACAGCUAAAAGGGCUACUCGGAAUAGUCCAUUUCACUACCAAGAUGCAACUCGUUCCCGUUUUGUCCUCCGUUUUUCAUCAAAAAAAUGAGUGGUCUUGGCAAACAAUUGUUAUGGGAGUUGGUUUCUUGGUAUUGUUACUCACAACAAGGCAAAUUAGCAUGAGAAAGCCGAAACUAUUUUGGAUUUCGGCCGCUGCUCCAUUAGCAUCGGUUAUCCUAUCGACAAUUCUCGUCGUCUGCCUUAAAUCCCAACUCCCCGGAAUUAAAACCAUUGGUCAUUUGCCUAAGGGAUUGAAUCCACCUUCUUCAAACAUGCUAUAUUUUCAUGGAACUCACUUAGCUCUAGCAAUCAAAACCGGUCUCGUAACCGGAAUACUCUCUCUCACGGAAGGAAUCGCAGUUGGAAGAACAUUUGCAUCUCUAAAAAAUUACCAAGUUGAUGGUAAUAAAGAAAUGAUGGCCAUUGGCCUAAUGAACAUGGCUGGCUCUUGUUCGUCGUGCUACGUUACAACCGGAUCAUUUUCGAGAUCAGCUGUGAAUUACAAUGCGGGAGCGAAAACUGUGGUCUCGAACAUAAUAAUGGCUUCGGCAGUGCUCGUGACAUUAUUAUUUCUCAUGCCAUUAUUUCAUUACACUCCCAAUUUAAUAUUGGCAGCAAUAAUUAUAACGGCUGUGAUUGGCCUUAUUGAUUACGAGGCAGCUUAUAAUCUGUGGAAAGUCGAUAAGCUCGAUUUUUUAGCUUGCUUGUGCUCGUUUCUCGGUGUUCUGUUCAUAUCAGUUCCUCUUGGUCUUGCUAUAGCAGUCGGAGUUUCGGUUUUCAAGAUUUUAUUACACGUGACGAGGCCAAACACGGCUGUGUUAGGGAAUAUUCCGGGCACUCAAAUAUACCAAAAUGUUGGAAGAUAUAGAGAAGCUGUGAGGGUUCCGUUUUUUCUAGUUAUUGCAGUUGAAGCUCCUAUGUACUUUGCGAAUUCGACUUAUUUGCAAGAACGGAUAAUACGGUGGAUUAGAGAGGAGGAAGAGUGGCUAGCAUCAAACAAUAGAAGCAACAUCAAAUGUGUUAUACUAGAUAUGACAGCUGUGACCGCGAUAGAUACGAGCGGUAUCGACACUAUCAGUGAACUCAGAAAGAUACUUGAUAAAAGAUCGCUUAAGCUUGUGUUGGCAAAUCCUGUCGGAAGUGUAAUGGAGAAACUGCAUCAGUCGAAUGUGUUGGAAUCGUUCGGUUUGGAAGGACUUUAUCUAACGGUCGGAGAAGCAAUUACCGAUAUUUCUUCUUCAUGGAAAGCUCAUCCCUGAAAAUAAAUAUUGCCUUUUUUUUUUUAAUAUAAAUUUUAAUUACAUAGAUGUAUGAUGUAGGAUGUAAGGGAAACUCUUUUUUUUUUUUUUUUUUUUUUUUUUUUUUUUGUAAGAGGAUUUGUAGCUCAAAUGUAUGAACUAUUUCAAGAAGAGGUUUUGUAAUGAGUAUCUUUAAUAUAUAUACCAUAUGCUCAAUGUGAAGUGAUGGUUAGAUUUUCCAA